CUACGGAACGAUACUAUUUCAUGAAAACCUAGCUUAAACAAUGGGUUGGGUUGGGGCGUUGCGCGUUAUGUUUGAGUCACAGUGACGGAUUCACGAUAUUUCGGAGCAAUUAGUGUGAAACGAGUGGAAAACCAUCGAUUCAAAUGGUUUUUGGGUCAUAAUAAACAGUGGAAAAUGAUGCAAGUGGUGAAGUCACUAGUUUUGUGCCUUAGUUUUAUGCUAAUCAGUGUUCCCGGAUCCCUUCAAGAUGACGCUCCUCGUGGCUGUCAGAUUCCCGAGGUGAUCCAAGGCACCUGGUUCUCCUGGGAGAACGGCAGGAACACCCUGAACGAGCUGAACGCCGACCGCAUGACGAACCGAGGCAAAUGCAUAGCUAUGAGGGAAGACAAACGCCUCCAUUACACCUUCCUCUUCCAGAAGGACACGUGUUACCACUGCGUCAAGCUCAUCGUCCGCACCAUCAACGUCCUCGAGAAGUUGGAGGUGCCCUCCUGCGUGGACCUCCCACCAGGAGUUGAGCCCCGAAUCGACGAGGUCUGCAGUGGAAUCCACAAGGACCAGCAGUACAUCACCCUCUUCUCCGAGAAGCACAGGUCCGUCAACUGUCGAUCGUCCCUGGAGGGUGUCUGGCAAUUUGCCUAUCAGAACAGGUUCAGAUUCACUGGUGAAUGCGACAACCCUGACGCACAGAUAAAGUCCUGUCAGACUGCUGGGUCUCAGUUCUUGAUAACGAACGAAAAAUUCAACAUUACCUACAAGAAGUGUCCGAAUAUGAAGGGAACAUUCGACGGAACUGUUGAGUACAGCUGUCUGGGGGACUGGUUCGUGGGGAAGAAUCACUUCUUUGCUGUUGCCAACACCAAGGAAUCCAGGAAGGACGAGAAGUACAGGUGCUUCCUGAGGAAUCGAGACGACGACCUCUACAUCGGUGUCUCAAUCACUGCUGAAUGUAACACUUUGAAAACAGUGGAGAAGAGUCCUGAGAGACUGAGGAUCACUCCUGUGAAGACAGAGGUCGUUGUUCCAGGCUGCAAACUCCCUCAAAACAUGUCCGGUGAGUGGAUCAACACAGCCAACAUCGAUGCAGACAUCAUGAUCAACGAGACACAUAUCACUGAGGAAUGGCAUCCUGACGUGGGCAGGUACAGGAGGACCAUCUACGUCUGCAAGGAGCAGAAGGAUACCAGGUUCAUGAUGGCGAGGUUGUCAGUGGACGGUUGCCAGAAGGACUACGUCUGCUUCGACUUUGUCCCUCAGCACCACAAUAUCAUCAGGUUCAGGAAGGGGGUGGCUGUAAUUAAGGAUGACUUUCACACUGUCUGCUCCUGGGUGAGUUUCGAGAAGACACCGAAUUGGAAGUACAAUCUGUUCCUGGCGAAGCGUCCGGUUGCCGUGAGGUGUCCAGUAGCUGGCAAGUUCAGUUUCGAGCAGAAGGGGGAGAUUCCCUUCGAGACGAGGAUCCUGGGGGGAGUGACCCUCUCCCCGAGGCCGACGUUCAUCUGCCAGAGGAAUAUCUCAGAUUUCUCGGUUUGUGGGGGGGACCAGAAGGAAAUUGCUAUCGACGAGAACUACUGUCUGUCUGUGGAUCACCUGGGGAGGCCUGUGGACAUCUACAGCGAGCCCGACUACAGGAUGAAGUGCAUUGGCUUCUGGAAGGAGAACCUCAAGUCUUAUUUGAUCACUUACGACGAGUUGGAUCCCUACAGCAAGUAUCGUUGCUGGGUUUAUCAGAGGGCUGAUUUGAACAGAGUUCUCAUGUCUCAGGCACUUGGGCCCUAUUGCAAUAUCAAUCAGGACGUCACCAGCAGCAACUGGACUGAGGGGGCUGCUGUCGCUCUCGACAUGACUGAGUACGAGAGGGAGAGGGAUCAGUGCCCCAUGUACUUCGACGAUGGCAGCAAUCCUUGGGCGAAGAGCGAAAGCCGCAUCACUGUCUUUCACUUUGGAGUCAACUCCAGUCCAGGAUUAAUGGGCAUUGGGGCGUCUUCACUGUUCUUGGGGGUGAUUGGCGUCCUCUGGGCUCAUUGAACUCAGUGAACUCGUGUGCUGCAGUGUUCAUUUCAUUUUAGGAUUCCAUUGGGAAUUUAGGAUUAAGGCCCGCCCGGGUGUACUAUCUUUCGAAUGUUAUCAAGAUUUUUUUCAUCUUUCGUAAUCCAAAAUUGUCAAUUGAGU